GUUGCACUGUUUCACUUUGACAUGAUGGAAGUUUGAAAUGAGCGCAGAGGAUUGAGGUACAACAAACCAGAUCGCGUUUCGCAAGACCGAGACUUCGGAAAAACGUGUAUCUAAACUACGACCUGUGUGACAAGUCACUCUGUCCACAUGUACGUCAUAUUGUCAAGUUAGCAGGCAGUGCUAAAGGACGUGCGCUCGAGCUAACGUUACAUACAAGCUUUUCCCUGUGUCACAGCCUGGGAUUUGUACUGUUUUCUCGCCGUAUUUUGUUUUGUUUAGUCUUUGUCUGAUGGUUAUCAGCUGCCGUGUGUAAUUUAACAGCGGGAUUUUUGUUUAUCAUUGGCCAGCAAGGACACUUUCUAUUCUUGGAGCGUGACUUUGUAUUGUGUGGACCAGGGAACGUCAAGAGUUAACUUGAAUUGGAUUGAAAUGCUCCUAGACUGCGGCUGACCUGGGAACAGAGUACCGGAGGUACAGUAUCAUGACAAUGACUUCACAUGACUGGAAUAAACGCUAACUGUUAAGGCGCUCUUCUUUGCCUACAAGGAAUUACUUGGACUACUAGCCCAGCACACUCUUCCCUUCCUAUAAUGUUGGAAGGACUUGUUGCCUGGGUGCUCAACACAUAUCUGGGCAAAUAUGUCAGCAACCUUAACACUGACCAGCUCUCCAUUGCACUUCUUAAAGGGGCAGUCGAGUUGGAGAACCUUCCACUACGAAAAGAUGCUCUUAGAGGAUUUGAUCUGCCCUUUGAAGUCAAAGCAGGUGUCAUUGGGAAGAUCACCCUUCAGAUCCCCUUUUACCGACCGCACAGUGACCCAUGGGUCAUCUCCAUGUCCCAGCUGAACCUGAUAAUCGGCCCUACCCCCCCACAGGAAUAUGAUGAGGUGAGAGAAAGAGAAGCUGAGAGAGAGCAGAAGAAACAGCUGCUAAAGGCUCUUGAGGACAAGUGGAAGAGUGAAUGUGAACAGAAGGGAGAAUCUUAUUGGUACUCUGUCACUGCCUCUGUUGUCACCAGAAUCGUUGAAAAUAUUGAGCUGAAGAUUCAAGAUGUUCACUUACGAUUCGAGGAUGAUUUAUCCGAUCCCAACAAACCUUAUGCUUUUGGAGUUUGUAUCAACAAUGUAUCUGCACAGAACUGCACCAAAGAACCAGCUCAGAAACUUAUGCGGCAAAAAGAGCUGGAAAUCAGUGAAUUUAGUGUCUACUGGGACACAGAGUGCAGUAUGUAUGGGAACCUUUCCUCAGCAGAAGUACAGGAGCAGAUGAAUAAAUGUAUGCAGAGCCGAGAGCAUCAGUAUAUAUUUGAGCCAGUUUGUGCCUCUGUUUUGGUGAGGAGGAACGGCUCUAAAGAGCCGUUACGGAGUCGUCAGACGCCACGCAUUGAAGGCCAAGUGCAGCUGGAACCUCUCUCUCUUCACUUGUCACAGGUUCAGUAUCAGCAGAUCAUGGCAUUCCUUAAAGAGCUGCACCGUAGAGAAAGGGAAAUGAUUUUCCGACAGUGGAGGCCUAAAAUUGCCAUCUCUGGAAACUGUCGACAGUGGUGGAUGUUUGCCAUUAAUGCCAACCUGAAUGAGAUCAGGGACCAGCGCAGACGGGGGAGUUGGGAUUUUGCUUUGCACAGGGCGCGUGAUGCCAAACUCUACACUAACUUAUAUGUCCAGAGGCUUAAGGGAGUUACUUUGAGUUCACAGGAGGAGGAUGAGUUGGAGAGGAUUGAAGAUGAACAGACACUGGAGGAGUUGCAGGUUCUCAGGGAAACAGUUUAUGUUUCCUUCCGCAAGCAGGAAGAAAUUGCAGAGAGUGUUCGGGAGCCUAUCAACGAGACCCCGGCUUCCACUCCCCCAGGAACCAUCCCUAAAAGUGGGAGUUCUGGGAUGAUCCAGUAUCUGCAGUCCUGGUUCCCAGGCUGGGGUGGCUGGUACGGGGGUGCCGAAAGAGGACCAGAUGGACAGCCAGUUCCAGAAGACCUUUUACCAGGAACUGAACAGUGGGAAAUUCUAGCUGAGACAGAUGAUCUCUUCGAUCCUUUGGAGGAUUCGCAAACACUGAAUACCUUCACAAGAAGGGAUCAUGUCUUUGCACGGCUGGACUUUGCUCUAGAGAAGGCAUCUAUCACUUUGUACCAUCACAACAAAAUGAAACCUCAUUUAAGGGGGAACGGAGUCAUUCAGCUGGAGUUUUCAGGUGUAAAGAUUGGGAUUGAGUCUCUACCUCGGUCAGAAUCCUCUUCACUCUGUGUAAAGCUUGGUGGGCUUUUCCUCCGUGACCUUUUUACCCAGGGUUCCAUCUUUCCUGUCCUUGUUUCACCAAAAACGGACAAUGUUGUUGUUGUCAGUCAACCGUUAGGUCAGACUAAUAGCACAGAAGUGAACAGUUUGGCCUCUGACGUGGAGCCCUCAGCACCUCCUGUCUUUGAGAUGAUUUACGAACGCAAUCCAAUAAGGAGCAAAUUUGAGAGGAGACUAGAAGUCAAUACCAGCCCUCUCAAUAUCAUCUAUAACCCUCAGGCUAUCAAGAAAGUGGCUGAGUUUUUCUACAAAGGAAGAGUCCACACGUCAGGGUUCGGAUAUCAGUCCGAGUUAGAGUUGAGAGUGGCGGAAGCUGCUAGAAGACAGUACAACAAGCUGAAGAUUCAAACCAAAGCAGAAAUCAGACAAACUAUUGAUCAGCUGCUAGUUGGAGAGUUUAUUGAGAACAGUAAGCACUGGACUAUGAAAUUAGAUAUAUGUGCUCCCCAAGUCAUCUUCCCAGAUGAUUUUCAGUCUGAAAACCCCAUGCUAGUGGUGGUGGACCUUGGACGUAUACUUCUCACUAAUUCUCAAGAGGAAAAUAAAACAAAUCCCAAGACAUCUCAGACAGAAGGGGAGAGCGAUGAAGAGUUCAAGACGCCAUUAGCAACACCUCCUGGAUCUCCAUCACCAGAGCAAGAGGUUGAUAUCAAAUAUCAGGAGAGGCCCUGUGACAUCAACAGCCUUAAAUCAGCAGAAGGUGCCCAAAUUGUCAACAGGAACUUGUACGAGAAGUACUCGUUAUCUUUCAAUGACCUCCAGAUCAUGGUCGGUCACUAUAAAGACAACUGGAAGCAUCUACAGGAAAGUGAAGUGGGACCCACUCAUGUGGUUGAAAAAUUCAAUGUACUAUUGGAGCUAGAACAGAGAUUGCGAUACACCUCAGACCCUCAGUUUCCAGGGGCUGUUCUCUCAGGAACCCUACCAGACCUCAAAGUGCACAUUAAUCUGGAGAAAAUGACCGCUCUUAGAAGCUGCCUGGCCAGACUUAGUAGUUCGGGGGCAGAUGGAAGUGACAUGAAAGGGGAAAAUCUCAGAUCUCCUGACCCUCUAAUACUUCGUCACGAGAAGAUCUUUCAUAGGGAGGAUAGUGAUUGGAAACUCCAGGGUUGUGAUAAAAAUCUCACCAAGAGCGUGAUGGCGCUUGAGCAACAUACCCGAGAAGUACUUGUGGAGUCGAGACUUCUUCUCGCUCAGUUUAAUAUCAACUACAUGCAGCUUGGCAUUGAAAGCGGCGGACGGUAUAUUUCUGUUCUGAAGGUGUUUGGAACAAAUGCACAUUUUGUAAAGCGGCCUUAUGAUGCUAUGGUUUCUCUCACAGUCCAUGGUCUAUAUCUUGUUGACACGUUGCAGACAUAUGGAUCAGACUUUGACCUUCUUGUUGCAUCUCAUAAACACCUAAGUUUCGAUGUACCAACCGGAAGUCUACGAGAAAGCCAGCCCACAUCACCUGUCUCACCAGACGGUAGAUCUCCAGAACUGCUAGGCUUACACAGGAACUCCUCAGAUAUUGCAUUUGACAAAGUAUCUCCACGAGGCUCUCCCUUGAGAGACCACGAGGCUCUUAUUAAAUUGGAAUAUCAGUUUGUUAGCUCGGACUGCCCCUCAAUGUCCUUGGAUAGCUCCCUUCAGGUCACCAGCAUGCAAGUCAACAACUUGGAUAUUAUCCUCAACCCUGAAACCAUAGUAGAGCUACUGAAAUUUCUCCAACAGUCUUUUCCCAAAGAAGAAACCCCUCCAACACCACAGCUAACACCACUGCCUAAUGGAGAAGACCACGAAGAGACCUAUCAAUCCACGUAUGACCAAAACAAAGAGUUAACAGUGGAAAUCCACAGGUUGAACUUGUUGCUCUUACGCACUGUUACAACUGGAACUAUUCUGGGAGGUGAGAAGAAGGGCAUGAAAAUUGCUACCGCCAGUAUAAACGGAACAAAAGUCAACGUUUCCAUGGGAAGCCGAUUGGAUGUCAAUGGCUCUCUAGGAUGCAUUCAGCUUGUAGACUUGACUCAAGAAGGUGGCAGAAGUCAGUUUGUGGUCAGUUUAGGGAGUCUAGAGGACAGCCUCUCUACAGACGGAGUGCCAUUCUUUCCCAGCACUGGCGUGACGCCCUCUGAAGCUUUGAGUUUCAAAUUUUUGGAAAAGUCUCAGGGAGAAUGCUUCCUUCAACUCCAAAUGGCAUCUCUACACUAUAACCACUCAGCAAAGUUUUUGAAGGAACUCAGCUUAUCAGCAAAUGAAGUCGAAGAAAAUUUCCGUUCGAUGUUGAAAACUGCAGCUACAAAAGUCUCGACCGUAUUGGCAACAAAAACAGCAGAGUACAGUGGUAUGGUGUCUCUUUUUGACACCCCAUGCAGAAGACCCAGAAGACAGAGUCAGUCUCACUGGACAAUUGAACCGUUUGAGGAUGAAGAUUUCCCUGCCCCUGAAAUGGAACCAGGUCUGGAUUCUUUUCUGGUCAAAUUGACUCUAGACGUCAGUAUAGAAUCCCCUGUUGUGUCUAUUCCAAGAAAGCCUGGUCAUCCUGAGCUUCUUGUCGGACACUUAGGGAGCAUACGGAUUCAGAACUUUAUUACAGGGCAAGACUCGGAGGGAGAGAAACUGCAGGUUGAAGUAAAGGAUAUAAGACUAUAUUCAGUCAACACGUGUAAACUGGUUUUAAGUAAAGCAGCACGGCUUAAUAGCAGCUCGACCUCUGGACACUCACCUUCUUAUAGCAGCAAUAUUAAUCCGAAUGAGCCACAUUUUACCCGGCAUGACUUCUUUGAAUACUUGAGCCUGGGAAAAGCAUUUCAUGUUUUGAAAGAUGCCACCAUCCAGCUAACUGUUGAGAAAGUCGCCAUUGAUGAAAACUCACAUUUUAGCUUUAUGUCAUGUGAAGAACCUUACCAGAGCACUGGGCUACUGAAAGUUGAAGGCAGAUUUGUCAAUGCUGUCCAGGUGUGUCUAUGCAAGCCUGUGUAUGAACAAGUUCUUCAAACCCUCGACAAUCUUUCCUUCAUCGAGGAUCAGCGAGUAACGCCCAGUCAGCCACCCACACCUCCGCCUCCCACACCCUCCUCGACUAAACCACACCGCUUCCCUGAUCUACAGGGAGGGCUGUUUGCCCGCGACCCCCCUCAUGGUGGCAUCUCGUUCUCCUCAUUGUCGUCCUCUCUUUCAGCAUCACUUCCACUGCAGAGCGACAGCCCCCCUCUCCAGCCUCCCUCCUUUACUCAAGUGAGAGCCAUCUUCAGGGUCUCUGAACUGCAAGUGCAGUUGUGUGGAGACCUCAGUCAGGGCUCUCAAGGCCUGGUCACCCUGCGCUUCCUAGACCUGGAGGGAGACUUUACCAAAGAUCAUCCUCAUUCCAUGUCUAUUCAACUAGCACUUCACUCUUUGUUAAUGGAAGACCUGCUAGAGCCCAACCCAGAAUCAAAGUACAAAUACCUCAUGGUAUCCAAAGGUGCUCCAAAACCCUCCACCUUUAGUCCCAAAGAAUACCUAUCACAGUCUUGCCCGACAGCAUCCAGUGUUCUAUACCCAGAAAUGCCUCAUUCUCUUCCAGCACAAUUUGAAGAGGCGCAGAAUGUCUUCCAGUUUUAUCAGAGGCAUCCCAGUACACCUUCUGCAUCCAGUCGAAAGAGCAAGAAAGAUGCAGAGUGUCCCAGCACCCCUCCACCAUCACCGUCCCGACAAACUCCGUCUCCCCACCCACGUGCAGAUUUUGAUGACUCUCUGGUACAUAUCAAUAUUCUUAUGGUGGAUAGGCGGCACCCUCAGUUUAAGACAAGAUAUGGUAGUAUCGGUCGGAGUGUGGACGUGGACUUUAACUGCCUUGAUAUUCUCAUUACACUGCAAACGUGGGUUAUGAUUCUAGACUUUUUUGGGAUUGGCUCAACUGCUAAUAACCAUGCUGUGAAAGUGCCUUCUACCAUACCUCAGCCAACACCCGAACACUCAUUUCAAAAUAACACACUCAAUGAUCUGGAAGAUUUUUAUACGGGGAUUGAGGAAAAAGUCAAUACUAAGAUUGAUUUAAAGAUUCACUCUUUAUCACUGGUACUGAGGAAGAAGACCAAUGAGCUUGCCAAAGCAAAUGUUUCCAAAUUAUUGACACAUAUAGAAAUGACUGAUGGAGAUCUGUCAUUGCAUGGAAGGCUGGGAAGUUUGUCUCUCAGUGAUUUGACCAGCCACGGGGAUCUAUACAGAGAGCGUUUCACAACAAGGGGUGGAGAGGCUCUUGUCUACAACAUAUACAAGUAUGGGGAACCAGACGUCUGCCUGCAGCGGGAAUAUGAUAUUAAGGUGUCUCUUCUGAUGGCCUCAGUACAGUAUGUUCAUACCCAGCGUUUCCAGGCCGAGGUUGUGGCCUUCAUCCAACACUUCACUCAGCUACAGGAUGUCCUCGGCAGGCAGAGAGCAGCAGUCGAGGGACAGGCAGUUUGUGAGCGUUCACAGCGAGCUGCUCGUGUACUGCUGGACAUCGAGGCAGGUGCUCCUGUCCUCCUGAUCCCUGAAAGCUCCCGCUCCAAACGCCUCAUAGUGGCAAACCUGGGCCAACUCAAAGUGCGUAACUGCUUCCUGCCUGCUGGCAGCAAUGGCACCUUCUCUCUCAGAGAUAAGGUAGAGAAACUUACCAUGGCACAUACCUUUUUUCCCUCUCUGGAUCGAGUAACGGAUACCCUGUUCACCUCUGAAAAAACAUCUGAAAAGAGCAAAGCUUCCAACUCAAGUAAAUCCUCUGGAUUUACCCUUGGCAGACCCCAGCCUGGCCUCGGAAGCAUCUCUGAAGCAGAUGUACCAUCAAGUCCAGAAGACCAUGUGUGUCUGCUGGACUGUAUAUCUCUGGACCUGCAGGAGAUGGACAUAUUUGCAGCAGAGCGGUUGCCUUGUGAGCUUUGGGACAGUGUUGGGAAACAUCUGGAUACAGACUUGGUCUUCCCAUCUUAUUCGGUGCGCAGGAGCGGGUCGAGUCUGCUAAAGGAGCGCUGCCAUCUGAAGCUGAAAGUAGAGCGUAACCUUGACAAGGAUUUGAGUCAUGCUGUCCCAGACAUGACCAUCCAUGGUAGCCUGUCUUCUGUGCACUGCUCCCUGGACCUGGAGAGGUACCAGCUGAUCCGCGGCCUCCUGGAGCACAACCUGGGAGAGCCUGUGGAGGAGUUUCUGAGGCCUUACAAUCUACAGGACCCUAGCAAUUACACUGUGUUAAGUGGGGAUGUGUACACAAGUCUUUCCCUUUUGGUCGAUAUGAAGGAUGUCAGUCUGGAAUUAUUGGACCACCAAAAAUCCAUAGGUCAUAACCACUCCUUGGCAAGGUUCGAUUUUAUGAAAUCAAAGCUCCUGUUUGAGAGCUUCUCCAAUAGCUCCAAGUCUGUGAACCUGGUGUCUCAUUCACUGCUCGCUCAUGACACCCGAUUCACCGGAUGCAAUGGUCCUACAGAGGGGAAGAAGAAUGUGUUCGAUUGCAUUUUGCAGCCAUCCAAAACUGGCAACAACCGAGCUUCUUUGCAGCUGGAGCUGCAUUACAGAUCUACACGGGAGUCCUCACACUUCACUGUGGUUUUAAACAACCUGCGAGUCUUUCUCAUCUUUGAUUGGCUGCAGCUGGUGAGUGACUUUCUGCACAUGCAUGUGGUCAAAGAGGAGGCACCUACCCAUCAGUCCUGUCCUAGUGGCAGCAGUGACAUUGGAAGCACGGGGGCUGUCAUGCCCAAAACGGUCAAGAGCGGAGUUGUCACUAAGCGAACCACGGUGCCGGUCAUUCAAGAUAAACACCUGGAGGUUAAGAUCAAUGUGACAGGGACAGAGUUUGUGGUCGUGGAAGAUUCUUCAUGUUUGGAUACCAAUGCUAUCAUUCUGAAAGGCACCACUGUGCUUACAUACAAGCCUCGACUUCUGGACAGGCCUUUCUCGGGCAGUUUGGCUGGCAUAGAGGUGUUCUCCUGUCGGCUGGGCAGUGAGCAGGAAACAGCAUUGUCCAUCAUCGACCCUGUCAAUGUGCAAAUGGAGCUCUGUGGGAGCCCAACUUACCAGAGCAGCACAGGACUCCUUGAUGCCUUUAACAUUGAAGACUUUCCACCCCUCCUAGAGAUCCAGUUUCCUGCUCUGGACAUCCGUCUCUCCUACAAUGAUGUUCAGCUAUUCCUGGCGAUAGCCAAGUCCAUUCCCACAUCAGCCUCCGCAUCAACUGGCCCUUCAGACACCAACACAGAGACUGCGGCACCCACUGCCAGCACGGACAAACCAAAGGACAGUUUCAGACGCAAGACAGAGGCCUUGCUGGAAGGUCAGCUCACGCGGUUACAAGACCUCGGGUUUAGAAAGGAAGACUGCAGACGGGCCCUCAUUCACUGUAAAGGUCAGCUGGACCAAGCGGCCACGUGGCUGUUGGAGAACGCAGAAAGCAUGUCUGGACGAAACAGAGCUAACUCCGACUCAAGCAGCCAUUCGAAGACUCCUCUCUCUGGUGUGGAGGUGAAGGCAGACAGAGUGUGUAUCUGCUUCAUCGAUGACUGCCUGGACCGUGACGUCCCUCUAGCAGAGCUCACCUUCUCACGUCUGUAUGUUCUCCAGAGGAUUGGAUCCAUGCAGGAAGGAAAGGCUAGUUUUACACUUUCUGGAGAUUAUUACAACAGAGAACUUUCAGGCUGGGAGCCGUUCAUCGAGCCUUGGCCUUGUUUCCUGAAUUGGCAGAGGCAGGCGGCAGGCCGGCUCCAUCCUCCUCGCUUAAAGAUCGGACUUCGAGCCAAGCAGAGGCUGGAUGUCAACAUCACCACUGUCUUACUGGAGCAGUACAGCACCACCAAGACUUCGUGGUUAGCAGAUUACUGCAAGGAAGACGAGCAGCCGCCACAGUCCUCCACCGCCCUGUCCUGGAUGGGAUCGUCGGUGGACCCCCCCUCUUUUGGCCAGACCGAUGUCAAGCAUUCCAAAAGGAGACAGCCAUUUAUUCCUUAUGCCCUACGGAAUCAUUCUGGCUGUACCAUGUGGUUUGCUACGCUCACUACCACACCAACCAGAGUGGCGCUGUCCCACAGCAGCAGUGCGGACUCGAUAUCUGAAGUGCAGGGGUCUGGGACAGAUGAUACACACAAUGUCAGCCAGUGGAGAGAAGUGUUGCCUGGGCAGGAGAUCCCGUUUGAGUUUGAAGCUCGGGAGAAACUGAGACACAGACACACCCAUGAGCUGAAGCUGCACCAGCUGCUGGUGCGUGUUGUGGGCUGGGAGCAGGUGAAGCCAGUGUCAGUGGACAAAGUCGGAGUGUUCUUCCGCUACGCUGCCCCUGAUCGAAACAACCCCUCAAGCACUGUUGGCAGCCCCAUCAGCAGAACAAACAUCAUACACCCUCAUGUAUACUUCUCAGCCUUGCCGCCCGUCCGAGUGGUUUUCUCCAUUACAAUGGAGGGCAGUGCACGUAAAGUCAUCACAGUCCAGUCUGCACUUACAGUGAAGAAUCGCCUUGAAGUCCCCAUGGAAGUUCGACUAGACAGUCCCUCUGCACCAGACAAACCUGUUGUCCUACCACCUAUCCUGCCUGGUGAAGCAUUGGCCAUCCCUCUUCAUCUGACCUCUUGGAGGCUGCAAGCAAGACCUAAAGGCUUAGGGUUGUUCUUCUGUAAAGUGCCUAUCCAUUGGACCACUGUGGAAAAACCUGGCGAGGUCAGCAGCAGCAAGAGGGAGUGCCAGUCGGCAGACUUUGAUGAGCAACUCAAACGGAGCUUCAGGUUUUGUGUCGUCAUUAAGAAAGAAAACUACCCUCAACAGCAGCCUGCCAAAACUGUGGCAGGAAGUGCAAAGCAGAUUUACCGCCAACCAGGUCACACUAUCUGUCUUUUGCCCACCCUGGUGCUGACCAACCUUCUGCCCUGUGACCUCAACUACUACAUCAAAGGCACAUCAAUAAAGGGAACCAUGAAACCGGGCAAAGAGGCAGUGCUACACGCCGCGGACACUUCGCAAAACAUAGAACUAGGUGUACUUCUAGAGAACUUUCCUGUGUGUAAAGAGCUGCUCAUUCCCCUGGGUACACAAAACUACGUGGUGCGCAUGCGGCUAUACGACGCAGAAAGGCGGAUGCUCUGUCUCACCAUUCGGAUUAUUCUUAGAGCCCAAGGAGCGCUAAAAAUCCUCAUAUCUGCUCCCUACUGGCUCAUCAACAAGACUGGCCUGCCUCUGAUCUUCCGUCAGGACAAUGGGAAAACCGACGCAGCCGGGCAGUUUGAGGAGCACGAGUUAGCAAGAAGUCUGAGCCCUUUGCUCUUUUGCUACACCGACAAAGAACAGCCCAACAUGUGCACCAUGCGGAUUGGUAAAGGGAUCCAUCCAGAUGGUGUUCCAGGUUGGUGUCAGGGUUUCUCUUUGGAUGGAGGCAGUGGAGUAAGAGCAGUCAAAGUCAUUCAGCAGGGGAACAGACCUGGACUCAUCUAUAAUAUUGGAAUAAACGUGAAAAAAGGAAAGGGACGUUACCGUGACACCCACAUUGUGACCUUCGCCCCAAGAUAUCUGCUUGACAAUCGAUCGUCUCACAAAUUAGCAUUUUCUCAGAGGGAAUUUGCCAGAGGAAAGGGCAUUGCAAAUCCAGAGGGCUACAUCUCAACCCUGCCAGGCUCCAGUGUGGUGUUCCACUGGCCCAGAAAUGACUACGAUCAGCUUCUCUGUGUCCGUCUCAUGGAUGUACCCAACUGCACCUGGUCUGGAGGUUUUGAGGUCAACAAGCCCAAAUCUUUCCACAUCAACAUGAGGGACACACUGGGGAACUGUUUCUUCUUACGUGCUGAGAUUUCUUUAAAAGGGGCAACACAUCACAUCUCUUUCACUGAUACUGAUCAGCUGCCCCCACCCUUCCGCAUAGAUAACAUCUCUGAGGUGCCUAUCCAGUUUUGGCAGCACGGCGUGGCUGACAUCAGGCUACACACCGAAGUAAAACCAGGAGAAACGCUGGACUACGCCUGCGAUGAGCCCAUUCUUCCCCCUUACAUCACUCUCACUGUGAAGGGAGCUGGAUCUUCAGAGGUCACCGCUGAAAUGAACUCCUUCAGAGAGUACAACAAACUCUACUACGAGAACUUCAUCUACAUUGCUGCAUCCUUCACAUUCUCCGAAGAUGCAGGAAAGAGGCCGGUGGGGAAGAACCGUGACGUUAGCUGUGCUGAACUGGUGCUGGAUAUAGAGACCAAAACACAGAGGGUCAUUCUGAAGAAGAAGGAGCCUGGUAAGCGCUCCCAGCUGUGGCGGAUGACGGGAACAGGAAUGCUUUGUCACGAAGGCUCCUCUCCUCCUCAGAGUAAACCUUCUCAGCCUCGACCCCUCUCUUCGUCUUUAGUGCUUGACAUCGCAGGACUGGGCGCAGUAACAGACAACAGCUAUGAGCCUCUGAUGUUGAGACGGCCAGACAACCGCCGCAGCAACACCCAGACAUGGCACUUCAGCUCUGGCAUGUUGACCUGUGGUUUAUCCAGACUGGUCGUUCAGGUAAAGGGAGGAGUUUCAGGGCUUUUCGAUGGUGCCGAGGUGGUACUGGGUCCAGACACUUUUGAUAUGGUGCUGGCACCAGACCAACAAUUUAUCAACCAGAAAAUGAGACCUGGCUCAGGGGUGCUGUCUGUACAGGUCCUGCCCGAUGGGCCCACGCGAGUACUACAGAUCAGUGAUUUUAACCAACGCCGCAUGAAUAGACUUUCUCCUAGCACGGAGGAAAGCCAGAUUAAAGAGACUACAGAAUCGCAAGUUCAUGAUGAGGAACUGGAGGUGUUAGUGAACCUAGAGGAGGGAGUGGGCAUAUCGCUAGUAAAUAAAGUCCCUGAGGAACUGUUGUUUGCCACCCUGUCUGGCAUUGAUCUGCACUUCACCCGCACUGCUGCCAGCGAGGUGUUAGAACUUACAGUGAGAGACAUUCAGAUGGAUAACCAGCUCCUGGGCACCACCCACCCUGUUAUGCUGUGUGUGACUCCAGUGUCCAACGAGAGCAGUGCUGUGGACUCAGGCCCUGCUCUGCAGGUCAAUGCGGUUAAAGUUCCAAGCACCCUCAUGCUCACAGACCUUUUUAAGCAUCUGAUGGUCACAGCGCGUCGCUAUACAGUCAUCAUUGAGGAGAAACUUUUGUUGAAGCUGCUCACGUUCUUUGGCUACGGACAGGCAGAGGAGGUGGAAAAGUUGGAGGAAAACCUCCACGAGAAAGCCAGCGAAGAUGCAGGGAACCCAAAACGCUAUUACUUUGAGAACUUGAAGAUCAGUCUCCCUCAGGUCAAACUGAGUGUCUUCACCUCUCAUAAGUUGCCCCCUGACCUCAAGGCCUUGAAGGGAAUACUGGGGUUCCCACUCAUUCGGUUUGAAGAUGCAGUCAUUAACAUGUACCCAUACACUCGGGUCCACCCUUAUGAGACGCAGGAGAUGGUUAUCAGUGACAUCCUUAAGCACUUCAGAGAGGAGCUGAUCAGUCAGGCAGCCCAGAUCCUGGGCUCAGUGGACUUCCUGGGCAACCCUAUGGGGCUACUGAAUGAUGUCACUGAGGGCAUGAAUGAACUCAUCAAGUAUGGCAACAUCGGUGGACUUAUCCGCAGUGUGACACAUGGUGUUUCCAACUCUACAGCCAAGUUUGCAGGUACAUUUGCUGAUGGACUGGGCAAGACAAUGGACAACCGCCAUCAGACUGAACGAGAGUACAUUCGCUAUCAUGGAGCCACCAGCGGAGAGCACCUCGUGGCAGGGAUUCACGGUCUUGCUCAUGGCAUUCUUGGUGGCCUGACCAGUGUAAUCACUUCCACGGUGGAGGGAGUAAAGACCGAGGGUGGCGUCAGUGGAUUCUUCUCAGGUCUUGGGAAGGGAUUGGUUGGCACGGUGACAAAGCCGGUGGCAGGAGCUCUGGAUUUUGCUUCUGAAACGGCACAAACUGUCCGUGAGAUGGCCAGCGCUAACAACAGGCUGAGCGUACAGCGAGUGAGGAAGCCGCGCUGCUGUAAGGGCCCUCAGGGGCUGCUGCCCCGAUUCUCCUCCCUACAAGCAGAUGGACAAGAACAACUCUUUUACUUAACAGACAAUAUCCACUCUGAAUAUUUCAUUGCAGUGGAGCCCAUAGACACCUACUGUGUGCUGAUCUCCUCCAAAGUGGUGUAUUUCCUCAAGCCUGGAGAGCUUGCUGAUCGGGAAGCAAUUUUUCUAGAGGUCAAAUACGACGAUCUUUAUCAUUGUCUGGUGUCCAAAGACCAUGGGAAGAUAUAUGUGCAGCUUACAAAGAAAGCUGAAAACAGCAGUAGCGGAGUGGCCAUUCCAGGUCCGUCACACCAAAAGCCUAUGGUUCAUGUGAAAAGCGAGAGCCUUGCCAUUAAGAUUUCACAAGAAAUCAAUUACGCCAAGAGCCUUUACUACGAACAGCAGCUCAUGCUGCCUCCCAGUGAGAAUGAGGAUAGUCUAUUAUUGGACUCUUAACCAAACUGCCCCACGGGGUGGAAGGUGUUUCUCGCUCAUUUUUCAAUGGCCAUUUCCUUUUUUCUGUUCUGCGGAAGGACUGUAAUAAAUCAGCAAAGCGUGAUCACCCACUUAAGCCAGUCUACGGGAUGUGCUCACAGCGUGUGGUUUCUUCACUGAUGCAAAUAGUCUAGAGGGGCUGCUAUAAACCCUGGAAAGCACAGAUUUAAAUAUGAAUAUUUCAAUAUGCAAGUGUUUUAUCGAGUUCCCUUAUAAUGUUUUGGUGUGUUUGUUUUACAGUUGUUAAUAGAAUAACCGGUGUUUGUCGCUAGAUGUACACCGCUAGUCUGACACUGUAUAUGUUUAUUUAUAGAUUCUAUAUGUACAUACAUAGACACACACUAAAAGGAUGUUAUCUGCCAUGUAUAUAAAUGUUGAAAUUUAUUAUAUAGAAUGAAAUUAAUAAUAGAUUGCUGUACAAAACUGCCUUUUUUCUCUGAAUAUGACAAUUGAGAUUAUGAAUGAAUCGCACUGAUGUAAAUUUAGAGAACUGGAGCUGCUCUCAUAAUUUAAGAACCAACACACACAAACAUAGUACUAAACAUACGUGCACACUGGCACAAAACACAGAAUUGUAAAUAUUGUUUCACCUCUACAAGCAAUCCACCCUAAAAACGUAUUUGUUUUCCUCUUAAAUUAAUUUAUUUUUGUAUCGUCUGUAUUACAUUUAAUUUAACACAUGUUGCUUUAUAUCUCUUGCUUCCCUUUAGUAGGGAAGCAAGGUUGUUUAAAAAUCCACGCUUUACACAUGAAACAUUUAACAUCGCCACAAAUAAACUGUUUGUGUUAUACAGUGCUUAAGAUGAUGCGCUCCCAUUUUCUGCCUCUUAUGGAUGCCCUUAUUGCUCUUUCUCAUAUACCACAAAAAGUCUGUUUUAGUACUGUUUAGUAUAUUUUAACUUGUACACUACGUAAAUAAAGAUGACUUUAUUUGGGGUUGUGUUCAUUCAAAUUUUAUGCUAGCAUAACCAUUUUAUUCUUUUUGGUAUUUCACAAUGAGUUGUUUCACAUAUUAUCAAAGUCGUGUUUACUCUUUCUUUUUUUCCUGAUAAAUUGUAUGCUGUUAUGAUAGGCAAAGCAAUAAAUACUAUAAUUUUGA